GUUACAAAUAAAUGACAUUUACAUCACGUGGUCUGGGUCAGAUGUUAUACGUGUAUUAACUAAUGUAUAAGUAAACUUUACAUCAAUUUCAUCAUACUUCGUAUGUCGUCAGUAGUCAAGAUGAAACUCGUAUUAUCUUUUUUCGUUUUGUUUUUAAUCGAACAAGUUGUUUCUAAAUCAGAUCGAGUAAAACUAAAGGAUGUGCAAGUGCUUACUUUACAGAAAGGUAAAUACACAGAGGCCCGACGAACGCGGCGGAUGCAUCAAUUGAUGUGUGUUGGUGGUACUGCCAGGUGUUCCUUCAUCCCAGAAACCGUUCAAUGUUACAAUCGAGGAUGGGAUGGUCGGACUAUCAAUUGGGAAUGCAAGGCUGAUAUGGACAAGAAGUAUUCAUUUGGUUUAUUAGAAGUUAAUUGUGAAGGCUAUGAACACCCAGAUGAUGAUUACAUUCUUGCCGGUUCCUGUGGUCUUGAAUUUACUAUUAAUGUGGCUGAUGGUGUCCCCAGACAAAGAAAUUUCAAUCCUCCACCAUACCCUAAAUCGAUGACACCAGAUAAUUCAGGGCUUGGAUCACAAUUAAUCUUCAUCAUUUUUCUUGUCUUUGGAGCUCUAUUUUUCAUAAUACAUAUUUAUUAUAAUCCGCUGGAAAGCCCUAGAAACGCUCAUGAACCAUCUGCACGGGUCUCACCAAAAAACCAAAAUGUGACCGAAAAAACCAAAACACAACCAAAAUGUACCAAAACAAGCCCUAGAAAUGCUCAUGAACCAUCUGCACCACCUCCACCACCACCACCAGGAUUUAGACCAGACUGCUUUGGAAACGAUACCGAUUUCAAUCCAUUAUCAAUUGAUCUAAAUGAACUAAACGAGUAUGAAUCGCCACCAAUUUAUGAAGCUCAUUCCAAAAAGAAUAGCAAAGAAUAUGAUUCAAAUAAAGAAUAUCAUUACCGACCAGCAUCAUCAACUAAAGGAAACUCAAAAAGUCCACCAAAACGUGAAAAAGUUCCAGAUCAUCUUCAACAUAGUUCAUCUAUUGAACCACAACAUUCAUCACGCCACCAUUCAAUUGAUGAUACAUCUGACUCUGAUUCAUCCCAUUCAUCUUCAUCAAGUUCUUCUGUUCACAUGGACGAUGAAGCCUAUUGCAAAGGUGAUCCAAAUCCCCCACCAUAUGAUCAUGGAAGUGUACCUUGGCGUGGACCAGAAACUCGUGCAGAAGAUGGUCCUGGUUUUGGUACAGCAUUUGUUUCUGUAGGCCUUCUCGGUUACCUUUUCGCAAGAAAUUUAGCCGGACCUAGUUAUACACGAAAAAGCUUUUCAUCGUCCACCCAUCGAAACAAUUCUAAUUUUGGUAAAACAUAUGCUAGCACUGAAACUGAGAUAGAAACGAAAGCUGGCUACGCUACAACUAAAAGACGCUAAUUCAAUUGAAAAUAGUGAAUAAUCAUUUUCUAAUAAUGUCUAUGGAAAGUUGCCUAUUUUAGUAUUGGUGAAAUUCACGCCAUUUCAAAUUGAAUCUCUCAGCCACUUAUCAAACGAUGAUAUAAACCACUAAACACCUCUAAAUACCAAUUUUUAUCAAUCAACUUUUCAUAUUUCAAUAACCAUUUUUAAAAAUUCUUGUUAGUAUUUAAAAUAAAUUAGCUUAAUUGCCGACGU